CCUUGAUACACUUCAACAUCCAACAUCAGAAUUGACACAUCCAUUAAUUAGUCAAAUUUUAACCCAAUCUAUUGAAAUUUAUAUAAAAUUUAUAUGGUUUUAAAAAUACUGCUCGAAGACUAACAAUAGUGAAAACAAAAAUGGAUAACUCCGAAGAAAUAUACGAUGAAAGUGACCAAGAAACCUCUGAUCUUACUCCCGGAUAUUACACUCGAUCUAAAAGAAGGAAAAUCAGCCAAGACACUGAGGAAUGCACCACCAGUUAUAAAGAGUAUUCAGAAAGGAAAAGGAAAAAUCCAAUCAUGUUCGUUCCCGUCGAGAUAUUGCAAGCUGUUUUCACACACUUAUCCUACCAUGAUUUAAGUCAAACCGUCCGUUUAGUUAAUCGCAGAUUCAGAAUAAUUGCUGAGAACAUGUUGAACAUUGGCUACAAAAAAAUUGAAAAACAACUCAAUAUGCUCAUCAAAACUGUAGAAAUGUCUGUAGGAUAUACUCAAGACGACAUGGAAAUCAAGUGUGUGACAAAACUGUUGAAUUUAUUGGAAAUUUUGAAAAUGCAGUAUAUAUUGGUUAUUUCUACAAUUUGGAGAUACGUUUACAACGAAUAUUAUAAAACGCACAAAACAUGUAUGUAUGGAGGACAAUUGAUCGAUGCGCACUAUUGGUUCAUGUGGAAAUUUCUUCAUUCACCGAAUACCUUAUAUGCGCCAGCAGUGAUGAGAGAUUACAAUUGA